GUGCAGUCCACAGUAACAAGAAUAUAUGUGUUUCAUAAAAUAAGAAGGAAGAUAUCAAAUAGUCUGUGCAAAUAAAAAUGAAAGCUAUCAUACUGAGCUUAUUAUGUGUCUCAAUGACCUCGAUCCAUGCCAUUCCAGAACUGCAAUUCCUGCAAAUCGUCUUUGCCCAUAAAACCUACGCUCCAAUUUCGGACAUAAUAAACAGCAACGACACAAAUUUCCCCACCAGAUUAACUUACAAACACUUCGACACCGCUCCGAUCGACAUGCCCAAUAAUGGUAAACUCAACAUGUAUAAUCUCGGAGUACAUUUACGUGAUGUGUACGACGAAUUUUUGGGCGAUGUUUUUACUACAAGAACAGUGAAAGUACGAACAGCGGGAUAUCCAUUGUCCAUGAUGUCUUCACAAUUAGUGAAUGCAGGUCUUUGGCCACCAGCCGAAAUUCAGAAAUGGAACAAUGAUGUUAAUUGGCAGCCAAUACCUUCAGAUUACCUACCCAUGGAAUAUGAUACUUUGUUGCUGGGAAUACACUGUCCAAGUUUUCUGUCUGAGAUGAAGACAGUGUUAUCAUCAGAUCAAAUGGAGAAAGUAAUGCUGCAUCAUUUUCCUUUGCUUAAUUAUGUAUCGCAACAUACUGGAAUGAAAAUCCAGCAGCCAUCAGAAGUAGCUCUUUUAUACGCUGUUCUCGAAACGAAAGCUGAUCUCAAUGAAUCUCUCCCAUACUGGGCCAAAGAUGUCUUUCCCGAUGGAGAAAUGUACAACGUAACGCUAUUAGAAUAUGAUAUUCUGUCUCAAACUCCUCUACAAAAGCAGCUGAACGGAGGAACGUUCAUAAAGGAAAUUAUAACGAAUUCUUUAAAAUAUAUCGAGGGAGGUAUAUCGAAAGAAAUGAAACUUAUGAUGUAUAGCGGUAACGAUAGAAAUAUCGCUGCCAUUUUAAAGAGUCUCGAUCUGUGGUCACCGCACAUACCUAACGAGGCUGCUUCGGUGAUCUUCGAAAUGUAUUACGAUAAUGAAACGCAACAUCAUGGAAUAAAGAUAAAUUAUUAUACGGGAGUGGAAGGUAACACUAUUCCUUUGACAAUACCAAAUUGCACAGAAAUAUGUCCUCUGAAAACAUUCUUGAAUACAUUUUUCGAUCUACUGCCACAAAAUGAACAAUCGUUGUGUCACUGGAGACGUAUUGAUUUCUCUGACGAGGAAUUAUUAUUGGACAACAUUAUUUACAAUCGAUCAGAAUCGCAUAAACUAAACAGCAUAACAAUUAUAUUCUUAUUUAUAUUAGUCUUCUUUACAUAUUAG